AUGCUCUCGAUGCGGCUAACGGAGCGGUGGCAGGCGGCAGAAUUUUGGGGCUUGGCAUCCGCAGAGGAGUCAACCAACAACGAACCCACGAACAACGCUUCUUCGCAACUUUAUUUCCCUCUCAACCACGGGAACAAGGGAACAAAAGCACCCAGCAUUGCGGGGCGCAUGGGGAAUUACCGACUGAGAAUAAUCCCGGGACUGCGUGAUAAGUCUGCAAAAUCAGCGAUGCAUAGGCCCGUGGGAUCGCGUGAAGCCGAGAUGAGUUCCAAUUUCUGGCUGAUGCUGGUUGUGGUUCAAUAUACAAAACGAUAUAUACAGGCAUAUACCCAUCGGCGGAAGCGGCUACUCCCUGAAGAGCGACUACAUAGGGACAAUCUGGCGGUUUGGGCCGAUCUCGUGAAGCAUGUGGCCACUGCGGAAAUGACCGCCGGCGAAAUCUUACGCUAA